AUCCAUCCUCCCACAGACUCUCCUCCCUCACUCCCGUCACAUCUCAGUGGCCACGUUCUUUCUUGCUUAUUCCUGCUUGUCCUUUCGCGUGUGUGUAUCUUUCCAGAAGGAUUCUAGACCCGAUACUGGCUACAAACAGCCGAAGAUCCACAAUAUCUUACCCGGUCGGUCGUAAUGACGGAGAGAAUCAGACGAGCCCAUCACAAGUCGAGACUCGGUUGCAGGCGCUGCAAGACGCGGCGAAUCAAGUGCGAUGAGGCCCGUCCCGCCUGUGGAGGUUGCACAAAGGCAAACCUGCGGUGUGAUUUUAUCGAUUUGCAAUCCCGCUUCAGCCUGAAACCCACUCUCCCGCCGGCGCCACCACUCAUAUUAUCGUCAUCCUCAACAUCGGCGUCUACAUCGGCGUCGUCGUUGGCGUUGUCGUCGUCCUCGUCCACAGUAUUAUCAGUCACAUCCCUGACGCUGAUACGUCCGAGCAGCCCCCCCGUACUAGUGGACACGAUGACCGACAGCCUCAAGGCGCGCUUCUUCCGCCACUACCUGGACAUGACGGCCGCGUACCCCUCGGCUGACCAACAAAGCUGGUCGAGUUGGAUUACGGACCUUGCCGUGACGGAUAACACGCUCAUGGACGCUGUUCUCGGAUUUGCGGCGUUUCACCUCCGACGGUCCUCGGUGAUGGAUGAUAGCGGCGGCAGCAGUAAGGGUGUAAGUAGCAGUCAGGCUGUAGCCGUGUCAGAGGCCUCGCAUGCGUAUAUGGCGAGGGCCAUCGAGGCGCACUCGAAACAGAUUGUGCGUGAGGGGAUUAACGCGCAGAAUGCCCCUGUCGUGAUGGCGACGUGUACUAUUAUCAUGUUCCACACCAGCGCGAACCAGUCGUUCCUUGAUAGCAGCAGCAGUAGCAGCAGCAGUGGUUCGGAGGCGGAAGCAGGAGAGCGGGCGGGGGCGGAGGCGGGGUUCCGGGUCCCGCAUCACUGGUUCACGCCCUUUCGGAACGUCAACGCACUGUUGAAGGUCGCUCUGCCCGGGAUCCGGAGUAGUAGGAUAGGGCACCUAUAUAAACCGGAGCGGCAGACCUCGGAGCAGCAGAAGGAGACGCUGGGGCCAGGAAGGCCGGGGACGUUUGAUUUCCUCGUGGAAGACCUCGACGAAGACAAGAUGGAGCCGGAAACGGUGGAAGCGUAUCGUAUUGCCGUCGAUAGUCUCGAUAGGAUCGAGAGAUCAGCUUUGCAGCGGGAUCUGUUGCGGUUUCCUGCGCAUGUGCCCUCGCGGCUCGUUGAGUUGCUGGAGGCGCAGGAUCCGAGGACGCUGGCUAUCGUGGGGUACUUUUUCAUGCUGUUGAGGAGGGCGACGCAUCUUUGGUGGGCGCAGGGGGCGGCUGAGAAGGAGUUUGAUGGGGUGAUGAGUUUCUUGCCGAGGGAGUGGUGGCCGAAGAUGGCGUGGGCUAUCAAGGAGUUUGACUGGACUGAGAGUUGAUGAGUUAGGAUGAGACUCUUGUUCUAUACAGCGAUUGUAUGUUUAGGUUGACAGGGUGGAAGUGGGAUGGUUUCUGCUUUCUACAUGGCGCUAAGGUGGUUAACCUUUCUACUCGGAUCCAUACUCGGGAUCGUCACAAGGUUGAUGCCAAUCUUGGCUAGACUCAUAAGCAGAAAGUUGUGGUGAAGGAUUUGGAUUAACGGGACAGUAAGCGAUCUAUC